CGCGUGUCGCUUUUGCGCAGUACUCCGCUGCUCUUAAAAAAAUUUGUCGUCUUUGAAUUGAAUUGUUAUCGUCUUUUGGUGAUUUUUAAGGAAACUUUAAAUUACUAUCGUUCUAAAUUUAUUACUAAAAAUGGUCGAUUACAGUAAAUGGGCAAAUAUUGAGAUCUCGGAUGACGAGGACGAAACCCAUCCAAAUAUCGAUACACCCUCUUUAUUUCGAUGGAGGCACGACGCACGAUUGCAACGAAUGGCCGAUCAGAAAGUUGCCAUAGAAGAACACAAAAAGAAGGCCUCCGAACACUCUAAGAAGUUAUCCGUGGCUAGUCGGCAGUUGGCGGAUGCGGAAAAAUCGGGUUGUGGGGACGUUGAAACAUUGCGGCAAGCGUUGAAAGAUCUCGAAAAGGAAGCAGAGGUCUUGAAGGAAGAGAGCAAAGAGUUGGACAGCAAGGAAAAGAAAGCGCCGUGGAAUGUGGAUACGAUAAGUAAGGACGGAUUUGCAAAAACUAUCAUAAACAAAGGAGCACCGAAACAACUUGAAGAAGGUCUUACAGAUGAAGAGCGCGAAGAACAAAUGAAAAAGUUUGUAAAAGCACAUGAAAAGGAUUUGAAGCACUAUGGAAUGCUGCGGCGUCACGAUGACUCAAGAGUAUUUUUAAAAAGUCAUAGUCACUUAGUGUGCGAAUAUACCGCAAAUUAUCUUGUUGUGUGGUGUAUCAAUCUGCAAAUGGAGCAAAAAACGGAGCUGAUGGCACACGUGGCGCAUCAGGUGAUAUGCAUGCAAUAUAUUUUAGAAUUGGCUAAACAACUGGAAUACGAUCCCAGAGCUUGUCUAGAUGCGUUCUUCACAAAGAUUCAAGUUGCGGAACCCGAGUAUAAAGCUGCGUUUAACGAUGAGUUGGCCCAGUUUAAAGAGCGUAUCAAGAAGCGGGCUGCAGAAAAAUAUGACGACCUGUUAAAGGAAGCUCAAGAAGAAGAACGGCAGCAACGAUUAGGCCCCGGCGGUUUAGAUCCUGUUGAGGUGUUUGAGUCAUUGCCCGAUGAGCUAAAAACAUGUUUCGAAACGCAAGAUGUACCUCUAUUGCAAGAGACUAUUGCAAAAAUGGACGAAGAUGAAGUAAGAUACCACAUGAAGCGUGCGGUUGAUUCCGGAUUGUGGAUUCCCGAUGCAAAGGCUGCAAAAAAUGAUAGUAAAAAUGAAGCAGAAGCUACAGAAACAACAUAACUCCACAAAAACCUGAUCUUAUAAUGGGUGCUUUUUUGUAAGUGACUCGUGAUGCAAGUGAUUAUUAAUUGGGCACCCACAAAAUUGUUGCGAUGUAAUCUUUUUUAAACAAUGUACAGGUUGUUAUGUAUGUAUAUUUCGGAACCAUCAUUGAUAAAGCAUUAUUAGUAUAUUGUAAUUCUGAUGUGUUUACUUUUGAGUCAUGAAAUCAUAAUUUUUAUAAACCCAA